AUGGACCAUCCGUGGUUUCGGGGGAUCGAUUUCAAAAAUCUGCGAUCUACCCGUGCUGAAUUUAUCCCGAGAGUGGAGCAUGCCGAGGACACGUCGAAUUUCGAAGCGGUUGAGAUAACCGAGUCGCCUUUUGAAACCCUCGGCAAGCGGGCGCCCAACAAUCCAGCCUUCUACGAGUUCACCUUUCGACAUUUCUUCGACACCGACGGCCAAGGUUGUCCAAGUCUGCGACCACCCCAAAAGCGCCCACCGUUGGCCCCUCUGUUCGAGGGCACUUGCUCAGCUCGUCAUGAAACUGUCAGCAGCUCAGAGUCGAUUGUGAUUUGA